AUGAACUUUUAAGCCAGCAAAAAGAGGGCUAACAGUUAGAUAGAGUCACAACAAGGUUAAAUUGCUGAAUUGUAGGCUACAUCAUUCGCACUCUAACAAAAGGUUGAAGACCUAUAAAAAGAAAUCAAAGAAUUGUAAUCUCAAAAUCACAAGCUAAAUCAUCACAUUAAAAUUCUCAAAGAUUAAAAUGACGAUUUGAAGUUUACUUAGUAAAAAGAAGCAACAGCAACUUUUAUGAUUGAAGUCGAACACUUAAGAACAGACAAUCAAAGACUUAUAACCUUAUUAGGUAGUUAAAAUAAAGAUUUGAGAUUUCUUAGCUCUUUAGAAACACAAAAUUCAGACCUCCCUGAAUGUUUAUUGUGGGUUCCUCAAAAGGCUUUUGAAAUAGCUCAUCAAUUUAGAGAAAAAUAUAAAGAUAGCGAUUAUUUAGGUGAUAAGUAAAUUUAACUGCUUCUUUUUGAAUUGAAUAAAGUAUGGGCUGUUAGGCAAUUCGAAUAGUAAAAAUUAUAAAAUUCUAUUAACAAUUUAGAAAAGCAAAAGUUACAGAGCAAAACUAAUGUCCCUUAUUCAGAAUUCUAAUUGAGUUAAUAAGUGGAAAGAUUAAAAAAAUAAAUAAAAGAUUUGAAAAAAGAGAAUCUUGAUCUUUAUGCUAAUCGUCCAGAAAGAGGAACAAGAAGCAUUAGAAUUGCAUCAGCAAACAACACUCGAAAAUGA